UCCGGGUUAUCAUCUUUUUUUCAUGAAAACUUCUUUUACUCUUAUUGUUUAUUGUGCUUUAUCUGAACCUGACAGUUCGAAGCGACACUUUAGUGCUCUACUAAUGGUAAAUGAACUUCCUUGAAAGAUCGUUUGCAGCAGAUUUGCAGAAUCGUAAUACUGAAUCGCAAAUCCCAGAUAUAAUGUUACAAACCCGGAAUGGCUAAGCUGCCGUUUCAUCACAAAAGAAUCAGUCGACUUCAGGCAGAGAAUUUGCUGAAAGCUGAGGACAAAGAUGGGACUUACUUAGUCAGAGACAGUGAGACUGUUUUUGGGGCAUAUACACUUUGUGUUUGGUACCAUGGAGUGGUCCACCAAUACAGAAUCCUACCAGAUAAGGAGAAACGCCUGUACAUCCAAGCUAAUGAGGGCGUCCCGGAGAAGAAAUUUGCUAAUAUCGGUCUGCUUAUCCAGCACUACAUUCAACGUGGCGAAAAUAACGGGCUCGUGUGCGCACUGAAACAACCUGUCGGGAAGAAAGAAGAGGACAAAGAAUCGGAUGACGAUGAUUAUAACAAUGAUUACAGAGACCCUGAGACCUCUGGUACCUGUUUUACCCUACCCUCCAAAGACGAUAUCCUGACAAGCCACUUCCAUCAGAGAUUUUCUCAACUUGAUUCGUCAAGUGUUGAUGGUGGAUUCAUUGAAGAUGUGAAGCAAUAUAUCAGCAAUGGUCUUCAGAAGGAUGCCACUGCUAUCCAGGGUGGGACAGGUGUGACUGGUCUGAGGGAGAUCCAUCAACUGCUGGCCAAGGCUGCUCAGCCCUUAGAAAAACAACUUCAAGAAUUCCUUGGGAAGGUGGAACUUUGUCAACAUUUGUUUGCCCAAGGGAAAACAAAGAAAACGAAAGAGCAGAAUAUAGAUUCCUAUGGAAUACUUGUCCCUGAUAAUGAAGUAGAGGGGUCCUCCUCCUCAACCCAUACGUACCAGAAUGACCUUGGCCAGAUAAUCGACAGGCUGGCGUGCUGUAGUACAGAGGUCAGUAGCCUGGACAAGAAGGCUGUGAAAUGUCUCCAAGAGAUGUCGGCGAUCUCGGUGACAUCAUCGACGGCGGACGAGAAUGAGAUAAGAUCAAUAGUCAUAAAUCCUCCAAGACGGAGACCGAUCCCGCCCGCAGCAUUCAAGGUGAAAGCAGUCAAAGGCAUGCUCUUGAAAGAAGUCAGUAUCACAUUAGACCUCAAUGGUGGGAAGCUGAUCAUCGUCACACCCAACAAGAGCCUGCUCGAUCAAGAAUGUAUGCCGACGCAGGACAAAAUUGAGCAGCUGAUUAAAAGUAAGGACAACAACUUGCGGCUAGACGUUAAGAUUGAGGGGAGGAAGAGGGAGACAUAUCAAUUUGAAGAUGCCAGAUCGCGGGAGAACUUCUGCCAGUUGAUUCAUCAGAUGAAGAAUAUUCAUGCACCCGCUGACCAAAUUGAUGCCAUUACCGUCUUCAUUGGAACUUGGAAUAUGGGUGAUGAACAGCCAGGUUAUAACAUUAACUCUUGGCUGAAGUGCAGUGGGACCGGGCGACCCCUGGACAAAAGUCUGAGUGCUGUACCCCAUGACGUGUAUGUGAUAGGUACCCAGGAGUCCUCGCUCACCGAGAAGGAGUGGACCAGUAAGAUCAGGAAAACGUUGCAAGCGAUUUAUGAGAUAGAUUUACAUAUGAUUGCCACGACCAGUCUUUGGGGAAUACGACUCAUCAUUCUGACAAAGAUGGAACACAAAAACAGAAUCAGUCAUGUCCAGACAUCAUUUGUUAGAACAGGAAUCGCUAAUACUCUAGGUAACAAAGGUGCUGUGGGUGUGUCGUUUUCAUUUCUUGCCACAUCACUGUGUUUUGUCUGUGCUCAUUUGACGUCCGGUGCUGAGAAAAAUCACAGGAGAAACAGCAAUUUCCGUGACAUAACGAAAGGCCUGUCCCUCGGCAACAAGCAGCUAAACCUGUUCGACAUGACCAAGCAGUUCCACCAUCUCUUCUGGCUAGGCGAUCUCAAUUAUCGACUCGAUGAGAAAGUGGAUGUUAUUCUUAAGAAAAUACAAGAAAAAGACUACGAACACUUGCUCUCCAACAACGACCAGCUUACCAAGUCCAAGAACGCCAGUGAAGCAUUCCAGUACUUCUGCGAAGAGCCGAUAAAUUUCCCGCCAACGUACCGAUACGAGAAGGGCACCAAGAGUGAAUAUGCAUGGAAAAAGUACAAGAAAACAGGAUUAAGGAUUAACGUUCCGUCUUGGUGUGACCGGGUCCUGUGGAAGUCAUAUCCUGGUACCUAUGUCAACUCAAGAGCUUAUGGUUGCAAUGAGGAGUUCAUGACCAGCGACCACAAGCCUGUGUUUGCGAGUUUCGAGAUUGGAAUCGCCUCGCAGUUCAUUUCUAAAGAACCCAGCUUGCAGGACGAAGACGUUGAAAUCAUCUUUGAGAGUUGCGAGGCAGAGUUGAACACAACGAGUCGACAAAACUAUGUACUGGAGUUUCAUUCGACUUGUCUGGAAGCUCCGGUCUCGAGUAAAUCUAAUGUGCAAUACCGCCAGCGAGAGCCAAACUGCUAUAUUCCCAAAUGGACCAAGGACAUGUGUCCACCCCUGAAACCGAUUGUUCCAGAUAUUAACUACCUUGAGGACCAAUACAUCUUGAUUGCAGUGAAGUCUGUUGAUGUUCAUGAAUCAUAUGGAGAAUGCGUGAUAGCCGCCAAGCCAUACUUUAGUGUAUUCCCUGUUCCGUUUGAGUGUGUCCUCACCCACCACGCUGAGGAGACGGGGCUCCUGAGGGGCAGGCUUCACGUGAAAGUCCCAAUGAGUCCUUUGGGUUCCAUGUGGUCACAGAGGAGCAGGAAGAGUUAUGAGGUGACCAUGCAUGAAGAAGACAGUCGGAGAUUCUCGGCCGACUGUGCGCCUUCAACCAAAAGAGACCUACUGCAAGCACCGGCACCAAGGGGGAUGUCUUACAACGGAUGUGAUACAAUUACAGGUGCUGCGAACAAGAAUUUAUACCCACUCAUUCCAAUCACCAAACCAAGUAGCCUGGGUCUGGCAAAAGCUCCAAAGAGCAAUCUGACACCUGGGCCUGUCGCUGAACCCCGCAACAGAAAACCCAGCCCGUCACCGAGAUCACCUGCGACUACUCCAACAGAAAGAUCACCAGAGACUACUCCGGUGGGGACCUUGAUUUCUUUGUCGCCGACCUGGGAGAAGCCGCCAUUGAUGCCGAAGGAUGCGUCGAUGACGAAGGAGAGGAUUUAUGAUGACGUGCCUGAAGAGAGGGAGGUACCACCGGCGCCACCGAAAAGGAUUCAGUCGCUAGAAAUGGAUACUUACACAAAGAUUGCCAGACCUAAGACUAUUGAAGAAUGGCUGAAUCAGAUACAGUUGGCACCAUACAUCAAUAUGUUCAAACAGAAUGGCUGGGAUUCUUUAGCAUUUCUCUGUGACCUCUCUGACGAUGACCUCCAGGGUAUGAAGGUCGAGAAGACGCACAGAAAGAGAAUUAUGGACAGUAUUGUUGAAUUGAAUAAAUAAGUGAGGUUGGUGGGAGAUGUGCCGCCCGUUAUACCAAAAAUGGGAAGCAGUUGCUGAUCCGGAACUUGGGUAAAGGGGGGAGAGCCCCACCCAGAGAGAGGCCCAAAGCUGCAAUCUUGGACACAAGGGAGUCUGGGGACCACAAAAUUGAGAUCAUUUUGUAUUGUCAGUGACUGCUCGAUACUAGGCCUGGCGAUCUACUUCCCGCUUUGGUAUUGUGGGUCACAUGUUGUGUUCUGAGACAAGAGCAUGUUUGAAAUUAUGUAAAAAGACAUAAUGUACUGUCUAAGAAAAACCGUCGUACCUGAAAACUUAUGACCUAUUUGUCAUCAGAACUUUAUGGGGCAAAAUUGUUUGUUAGAGGCAUUUCUAUUAUACUCAGUUCACCCAUGGUAAUCAUGUCCAUGUGUAUAGAAUGAUAUGAUCUCAGAAAUUCUUAUUUUCAAAUACUGGUACUUAAUAAAUUAGAACUUCUGAAAGUUGGAACAAUUUGGUGGUUGUAAACAAGAACCAGCUUUCUUGUACAAAACUUUGCCGGCCUACCCUUACUCACCCUGGAGAUUCAUAUUCCCUGACUCAAGGUAGGAUUUCCUGAAAAAGUCGUCCCUUUAUGUGAGGUCGGCUUGCUAACCCACAGAAAAUGCUAAAUUUUUCAUGAAAAUCGAAAUUAGACAAUGCAGUAGUCAGAUGACAUGGGAUGACAGUUCCAGGAAAACUACCUCAACCAGCCCCUCGGUGAAUGAGGUGCCCCUCGGUGAAUGAGGUGCCCCUCGGUGAAUGAGGUGCCCCUCGGUGAAUGAGGUGCCCCUCGGUGAAUGAGGUGCCCCUCGGUGAAUGAGGUGCCCCUCGGUGAAUGAGGUGCUGAUGCCUUGUACUCGACACUGUUAUUGCAGCAAUUCUCCAGAUCUGUAGAUCGGCAUCUGUGUCCUUUGUCACUGCGUUUAACUUCAAAGAAGAAUGUGACACUUGUAUCACCGUUUGGUAUUCCAGACAUAUCCUAGAGAAAAACGGAUGAAAACGCACAUUUUUGUGUUUGGGACUUUGUCAAUCAUUGUCAUAUUAGGGGCCGUCCAUAAAGAAGCCUCGCUUUUCAGACCCCCCCUCCCCCUCUACUCAUGCAGAUUAGUAUCAAGGUAUACAUUCUACAGUGUAUGCAGUGUGUAUUAACUUGUACGUGAAUUUUGUCAGUGGCACAUGCACCACGAGAGCAAUGUCAACACAUACAAAACUCACUGUAAAGGCGCUCAGUGCUAGAAUAGUGCAUUGAUUGCAUGUGUAUGCAUUGGUAUACCCCUUCCCCUGUACGCAUCUAGUAGGCUCUGGCACCAUCCCCUUGCUUCGGUGCGGACAUACUUUAUGGAUUGCCCCUAAGGUAUCUUGGCCGAGAUUUGGGCCUUUUCCAGGAGGUAGAUAUAUAUUUUUUACAGCUAUGCUGCUGAUUUGUGAAGCUAUACACCAUAUGAACAAAAAAUUAUUAUAUUAAAUAAGCCAUAUUCUGGACUGUGAUAAAAAGUGAUUUCCAUGCCAAAAAUGUACUCCAUCGAGUGAUUAGAUUUUGUAAUCAAAUUGUAAAUAAAAACAAUGUUGCUUUUCUAGUGAUCACUUUUAAUGUUAGUUUUAGUGACUCAUUCCUCUGAACCAAAAAAUCUAAAUCAUGUGGCCUAUUACAAGUACUGGUAGUAAGAAUUUACUCUUUUGACUCUAUUAUCAUAUGCGCAGCAAAAAUGUUUAAUGUCUUUUGUUCAGUUUAGCAGUUUUCCCUUGUCAAUUUAUCUUCUGCUGUGGUGCAGAAAAGGGAUUCUACUUUUCUAUAUCAAAUGAAUGAAUAA